CUAACGCGUUGUCGGCUGUACGUAUUUGUUUGUUUGCCUUGCAAAGAUAAACAAAUUGACUAAAAUACAAAUUUAUUUAAUUAUUACAAACAAUAAACAAAAUGCCAUUGACUGCGGAAAGUGCCGCUCAACAGAUUCAGGAUCGCCUGAAGGACAUUCAACAACACAUCCACAUUGUGGACGAGGAGCGUCGGCGGGCAGAGAACUCAAUUGCCAGUCUGGUGCGAUCUCUGCAUGCCACCAAUCAGAAGGUAAAACCCCUGCUCAAGGCUAGUUUAAUGGAGGCGGCGCAGGAGGAGGCCACCAUUCGUGCCGCGCUGGCCAAAAUCCACGAGAUUCGAAGCAUUCGCAACGAGAGACGUAUCCAAGCUCGCAACGCUGGAAACAAGGAGGCCAUUCGACGGGGAGCCCUCAUGAAAAUGGUGCAACUCUCAGCUCAAACAUUGCCCUUGUUCGUUGGGAAACUAGGAGAACGUGCACCAGCUCUAUGUGGAGCCAUUCCCGCCGAGGGCAACUAUGUGGCCAAGGUUGGCGACAAUGUUGCCGCCUUGGCCAAGGGAAUCGAUGAGGAGGAGAACUGGAUUCUGGCGGAAGUGGUGCAGUUCCUGCACCGUCAAAACAAAUACGACGUGAUUGACAUUGACGAGGAGCAAAAAGAUCGCCAUGUGCUAAGCAAGCGAAAGGUCAUCCCGCUGCCCCUGAUGCGUGCAAAUCCCGAGACUGAUGGUCACGCCCUGUUCCCAAAAGACACAGUGGUAAUGGCGCUAUAUCCACAGACCACCUGCUUCUACAAGGCCAUUGUUCACCGCCUGCCGCAGACCGCCACCGAGGAUUACGAAGUGCUCUUUGAGGAUUCCUCGUACAUGAAUGGCUAUGCCGAACCAUUGCCGGUGGCCCAGCGCUAUGUGAUUGCAUAUCGACCCACGAAAAAGGGUGCUGGCAGUGGCAGCGGGAAUCUCUCAUCAGCAUAAAACUAUAUAUAGCAGUAUUAUUGUAGAAUAAUAAAAAUGUAAACAGAAAUUUGAAUAAUAUCUUUGCGGAUCCAA